UUUAAAAGGUGCUGGGGCCGGGCCGGCUCGGCUGCAAACCCCCCGGGUCCCGCUGCCUCGCUUCUCCUCUCGCCGCCUCAGCCGCUGCUCUCGCUCGCCAUGCUCUCCGUCCGCGUCCCGCUCGCCACCAUCACCGACCAGCAGCAGCUGAAGGUGUCGCCGCUGAAGCGGCUCAGCCUGGCCGAGAAGGAGAACACGCCGCCGGCCGUCAGCGCCACUCGCGUCCUGGCCAGCAAGGCUGCGAGGAGAAUCUUACAGGACCCGGCCGAACCGGAAAGCAAAGUCUCUGCUAACCCCAGCGUUGAGGAUGAGCCGUUACUGAGAGAAAAUCCCCACCGCUUCGUCAUCUUUCCCAUCAAAUACCAUGACAUCUGGCAGAUGUACAAGAAAGCGGAGGCCUCCUUUUGGACGGCCGAGGAGGUGGACCUCUCCAAGGAUAUCCAGCACUGGGAGGCUCUGAAACCCGACGAGAGACAUUUCAUAUCCCACGUUCUGGCUUUCUUCGCAGCAAGUGACGGCAUAGUUAAUGAGAACUUGGUGGAGCGAUUUAGCCAGGAAGUUCAAGUCACGGAGGCCCGCUGUUUCUAUGGCUUCCAAAUUGCCAUGGAAAACAUACAUUCUGAAAUGUACAGUCUCCUGAUUGACACCUACAUUAAAGAUCCCAAGGAGAGGGAGUAUCUCUUCAAUGCUAUCGAGACGAUGCCUUGUGUAAAGAAGAAGGCGGACUGGGCCCUGCGUUGGAUUGGGGACAAAGAGGCUACGUACGGAGAACGUGUUGUGGCCUUCGCCGCCGUGGAAGGCAUCUUCUUCUCUGGUUCUUUCGCAUCCAUAUUCUGGCUCAAGAAGCGGGGACUGAUGCCCGGCCUUACAUUUUCCAAUGAGCUUAUCAGCAGAGACGAGGGUUUACACUGUGACUUUGCCUGCCUGAUGUUCAAGCACCUGGUACACAAGCCAUCGGAGCAGAGGGUAAAAGAAAUAAUUGUCAACGCCGUGAGGAUAGAGCAGGAGUUCCUCACGGAGGCCCUGCCCGUGAAGCUCAUCGGGAUGAACUGCACCCUGAUGAAGCAGUACAUUGAGUUCGUGGCCGACAGGCUGAUGCUGGAGCUGGGCUUUAACAAGAUUUUCAAAGUAGAGAAUCCAUUUGACUUCAUGGAAAAUAUUUCACUAGAAGGAAAGACAAACUUCUUUGAGAAGCGAGUGGGCGAAUACCAGAGGAUGGGGGUGAUGUCGAGUUCAACGGAGAAUUCUUUUACCUUGGAUGCUGAUUUCUAAGUAAACUGACGGUGCUCUUUGCUGAUUUUCCUCCCUUGUCAUAAAAAAAAAAAAAUCAGCAAAAAAAACCCAAAAAAACAAAAACAGCCAAUCAACUAGCUACACCAUGAAUGGUCAUUAAAUAUGUUGUCCGGUGUCUAAAAGCUGUGUAGCUACUUCAGUCGGUGCUUUUUUUGCUAGUGGGUCACUAGAAGAAGAGAGGAUGUUUCACAACCAAAGGGGAGAUCCUGCCCUUGGUCACCUUUGGCUCACCGCGCCCGAUAACAGCAUUGAUCCGGCUCUGUGAGAGGCGGCCCUCCAGCAAGCAGGACUAAACAUUGAGUUGCCGCAAGGCCGUUUAAAGAUGUCGGCCUCUUCCACUCCUUCCUGUGGACUCUAGAGUUUACUUAAGUUUGUAAAUAAAACUGGCACUUUGCACAUAGUCGAGGAGGAGGAAAGCCUGGUUUAUUUGGUUUCUAGACCAAGCACCAAGUGUUCUCUCUGCCACUCAUGGCAGCUGAUGAAAAUCUAAGUGAUGUAGUCCGUCCUGUGCGAUCUAGGCAUUAGCCUGCUGGUGCUAGUCAUGGACAGGGUGAAUGUUAUCCCAGAGAUUAGGGCAUCUCCUGCUUCAUAGAACUUCCAGCUUUGAGUCUCUAGAAACCUAGGCGGCAUUUGGAACACUUGCUGGUUAGCCCAGGCCUGGUCUUCAUUUGUAUGAAAAGCAGUAUCUUUUUUUUUCCCAAAGUUAUACUUUGCUCCAUUUCUAGUUUGUAUGGAGUCCUGAAAAGGCUUUAUAAGGUAGGAUUUUCAGUAGUGACCCACACACACUCUUGAUUUUUGUCAGUAGUAAAGCUGUGGCUGAAAUCUGCUCUCCUAAAAGAUGCAGGAGACUUUUGAUUGUGUGAACAAGUACUAUUGAAAUUUGAUCCACUGAUUAAUUGACGAGACCUGGAACUUGCUGUGUAGACCAGGUUAGUCUCUUAAACUUGCCUAUGUCUCCCAAACACUGGUAUUAAGGUUUGUGCCACCAUACCUGGCUUUAUCCGGUGAAUUCCUAAACACCAGAAACCAGUACUACAUGGGCUGUUAAUGUGUAUUCCACUCAGAUUGUCCGGCUGAAAUGCAGACCAGUAGAUACAGCUCACAGCUAGUGCGGAUUAAUCUGCUUUUAUGUGCAUUGAUCUGUUUUUGUGUUUAGGGAAUAAUCUAGAAUUCACCUAGUGAGUUUGAGAGGCUGGUUAGGGGUACAUAAGUGGAAUUGUCUUACAUCAAAACAGCGAGAGCAAGUGUGUUAACUGAUGUGUAUCAGCUGUUUGACCCCUGGUCGCUUUCUUUAUUGUUUGUACUAUGAGAUUGUUUAUACUUUUAAAUUAUUUUUAUUGUUGAAAUUAAUAAAAAAAAAGUCAAAAUUGCAUGGCA